AUGGAAGACUCAUCCAAGGCAAUGGUUUAUUCAGCCACAUACUCUGGGGUGCCAGUGUAUGAGCUUGUGACACCCUUGACAUCAGUGAUGCGUCGGAAAAGUGAUGAUUGGAUAAAUGCCACCCAUAUUUUGAAAGUUGCGGAUUUCCCCAAAGCUAAAAGGACCAGAAUAUUGGAAAGAGACAUACAAGUGGGCACGCAUGAGAAAGUACAAGGUGGCUAUGGAAAAUAUCAAGGUACGUGGGUUCCGCUGGAAUCUGCCGUCAAGAUCGCUGAAACCUUCGAUGUUAGGGACAUCCUAGAGCCGCUUUUCGCCUAUGUGCAGAGGAAAGGGUCUCCAUCACCACCUCCAGCUCCAAAACAUCAGAAUGCUUCCAAGGGAUCAGCUGCCAAGAAGAAAUUGGAAUUGAAGAAGAAGCUUAGUGCAGCUGCUGGUACCGUCCCAGAUGAGAAAGUCAAGAGGAGAGGAAGGCCCCCCAAACCUAAAGAUGAGAGUGGAAAUUCUACCACAAUCUUGGACAGUAAUAUCAAAAAGGCUCCUUCGCAACCAAGAUUGGUUCGAAGACAACAAAGCUCUAAUCCAAAUUAUUACAGAAAUCAGGUACACCAACAGAGAAAUAUAUCAAAUCUUUCGGAUCUAUCGAGGAGAUCUCUCAAUUAUGAACAAACUCCCUUGCAAUUGUUGCCUCAGGUGUCAAGGGAAGGCAGUUAUCUUCCAUCUACGCAAGACACUAGAAUAAAUUUGGCCAAUUUUGACUUGGAGUCCUCACCCGUCCCGAAAGACCUUCACAGUGACCUACCGGACUUUAGAUCCCCACAAGGGGAACAUAACGAAGUCGAAGAAGAUCUAUCCAAUUCAGAGAGUGAACUCAUGAGUGGAGAUGAUCUCGCUAAUGCGUUGAGAUCUCCAGUUAACAAAAACAGUGCUAAGUCGCAAUUGGAACAAUCAUUGAUCAGCAUUGGAAAGGGCACAGAAGAUAAACCACUUCAGACAUGGUAUAAACCCAACUCAGACCAGGAUUAUGUACAUAUGCUGUUGGAAUACUUUUUGGCUCCUGAUGGUAACUACGAACCGAAAAUACCAUACUUUUUGAGUUCUGAAACAAUUCGUCAGGCUUCAGAUAGCUCUAAGUUUGAUCCCAAUUUACAGAUUGAUCAUGAAGGGCAUACAGCUUUGCAUUGGGCCUGUGCUAUGGGUGACCUGAGGAUGUGUACAGCUCUAUUGAAUUAUGGUGCCAACACCAGAGCAUGGAGUAACAUCCACCAAGUGCCAAUAAUGAGGGCAGUUUGUUUCACAAAUGCAUACUACAAGAGGUCUUUUGCACAGCUGCUGGACUUACUACGAGAGACAUUACUUGAUUGUGACAAGGAUAAUAGGAACCUUUUGCAUUUAAUUGUUUCCCAAAAAUUAGGUUCUUCCGCAUCUAGAUAUUAUAUGGAACUGGUCAUAGCCAAAGUUUCUGAAAUUCAACCCAGGGAAAGGGUUAUAAACUUUAUUAAUCAGCAGGACUCAAAUGGUGACACUGCUUUACACAUUGCCGCCCGAAAUCACAACAAGAGAUGUAUCAGGCUUUUGAUAUCCAGUGGAGCCAAAGUUGAUAUAGAAAAUGACCAGGGAGAGAGUGGCCAGACGAUUCUGGAGAGAAAUGGAUUGCUCAGGUAUGAUCAAAAGUCCGACAUCAAUGGCCAUAGUCAGGCAUCAAUACAUCAGCUUUCAUAUGUUUCCGAUACAGCCUUAAAAAUGGUUCAAGACAUCAAAUCACAGUUUUCAAAUAAACUAGAUGAACUUGCCUUUUCUGUUGGCAAUGAAUACGUUGAGAAACAGAGAGAAUACGAAGAAUCGUACAAAACGGUUAAGAGGCUUGAAGAGGAAUAUGCACAGUUGGAGAAUACGAUUUCUCAAACACAGAGUAGAAUCAUGAAAUUAAUAGCGCCUGAUUCAAACACUGAUAGUCCAGAAUAUACCGAAAAACAAAUAGAGAUCAAGCUGGAAUCAUGUUUGAGGGAAGUAAAUGAAAGGUCGUCGUUCUUGAGACAACUAUUGGAACGGAGAGAAGCCAAGAAUUUAGCACAAAUGAUAGAAAGUAAAGAAAAGAACAUUCAGUCCUCCAACAUUGAGCAGGAUAAGUUGACAGACCAGGAAAAUCUUGACGCGUUGAUUGUUUUGACAGGACUUCAAAUACGGAGAAAGUACUUAGUUGAUGAGCUUGCCUUGCAAUACAGUGAUUCGUCUGCGGAUCCCGAGCGGAUGAAUCAGUACAGGAAGCUGAUAAGCCUGUGCUGUGAAGUUGAUUUUGGCGAAGUUGACGGACUCAUUGAUGAAAUUGAGGAGAUUCUGAGGACCAACUGA